UACUGAAUCAGAAAUGUGGACACAAGUAAAAUGCACCCUGCUUGCCAUUUCGCUCUCUUCGUUUCUCUUUUCAAUCUCUAACCCAUUUUCUGGAUUCUGGAGACCCUUCACUUCCACCCACUUGUUCAAUCAUUACAGUCUCACAUUACAACCCCUUCUUCCUUUUCCUGCCCCUAAAAGGAGGAAAUUAGCUAGUACACAUACAGAAAAUAUAACUUCACAAUCCCAGAGGAAGAGUUUGAAUAUGUCCAAAGAUUCCUACUUUGAGAGGCCUUUGCUGGAAGAGUACACAUUUUCUGCAAAGUCUGCUCCUUUUAACAAUUGUCAUGCUUCCACCAUUGUUGAGGUUGAUAAAGAUCAUUUUUUAGUUGCCUAUUUUGGGGGUACUAAAGAGGGGGAACCUGAUGUGAAAAUUUGGAUACAGACAUACAAGAAUGGCUCUUGGGAACCACCUGUGAUAGCUGACGAAGAACCUGGUGUCCCAAUGUGGAAUCCUGUGCUAUUUAAACUUCCAUCAGAUGAGCUGCUGCUGUUCUAUAAAGUAGGCCAAGAGGUUCAAAAAUGGAGUGGAUGCAUGAAGCGAUCAUAUGAUAAAGGUAAAAGCUGGACAGAAAGAGAACAAUUUCCUUCUGGUAUAUUGGGACCAAUAAAAAAUAAGCCAAUCUUGCUAGAAAAUGGACAAUUGCUCUGUGGAUCCUCUGUUGAAAGUUGGAAUUCCUGGGGAUCAUGGGUGGAGGUCACCACCGAUUCAGGCAGGUCCUGGAGAAAGUAUGGUCCAAUUUACAUUCAAAAUGAAACUCUCAGUGUGAUUCAGCCUGUUCCUUACCAGACUUCCAAAGGGACCUUGCGUGUUUUAAUGCGAUCCUUCGAUCACAUUGGUAAAGUGUGUCUCUCAGAAUCCCAUGACGGUGGAAAGAACUGGGGUUUCGCUCAACCAACUGAUCUCCCAAAUCCAAACUCAGGUAUUGAUGGGGUGAAGCUGAGAAAUGGCCAAUUAUUACUUGUUUACAAUACAAUCUCAAGGGGGGUUCUUAAAGUUGCUGUAUCUGCUGAUGAUGGUGACUCAUGGCAUGAAGCUUUGACAUUGGAGGAGAAUCUGCAAAUGGAGUUCUCAUAUCCAGCUGUUAUCCAGGCUAGUGAUGAUUCUAUCCACAUAACAUACACAUACAAUAGGACACAAAUCAAGCAUGUUGUCCUUAAAGUUAAACAACCUUAAUUCAGUUGAGGAUGAACAAAAACACAAGGCAUGUUCUUCCCUAUUAUGCUUUGGAAAAUUGUUUAAUUUGUAACAAAUGUGAUCCUUACUAUGUAGAUUAUAAGUAUUUAUUGUUCCAUUUUAUGUCAAUAUAUCUCUCCAACCCUCUAUGAUUGUUUUA